GAUGAGAAUGGUCGGUGAGUGAAAGGCGAAGUGGGCAACAAUGAACGAAGCACUUGAAUUCCUACCCUAACUGUCAUCAAAAGUAUCUGAAGGCCGCGCGCGCUUCUUUCAUUUUUCGCAGUGGGCCAUGGCUUCGGCGGAGCAGCCUCUCAAGAAGCGCCGGAACUACGUACCACCCGCAUCAGAGCCACCGCAAACCCUAGCGCUGGACCAGACAUCCGUCGCUCCACCGCCUCCUACUCCACCGCUGCUGUCCCAAGCCGAAAUCCUCCUCAGGAGAAGGAACAGAGAUGAUAUUAGAAGUGUCUAUGACUGUUUUAAGCGAAUUAGGUUUUUCCUCUCCCAGAAAGAGAAGGGCGCUCCCACACCUGAUAUUGAGCAGGCAUAUCUUUCUCUCAUCACUGCUUCGAGAGGGUGCGCAAGUGUAAAGCGUAUUGUAGCUGACUUUAUUCCUCGGUAUGCACCUCAUUGUCCAACUGCUCUUGAAGCUGCAACAAAAGUUAUCAUCAAUAUACACAAUCAGAGCUUGGAAAUAAUAACUAAUGGGGAGGAUGUUGAUAAUGUUGCAUUUGAGACAGCUAGGGCUUGUAUUAUUGGGUUGGUUGAUAUUUGUGCUGCUGUAAUAUCUAAGGCACCUACGUCAUCUGUCAUCAGAGGCAUUUGCUCUGAAGUCUUUCAGAAUGUUUUCACCUUCUUUGUGUCAUCUUUUGAGGGUAAAGACAUCUUUCAGAUUGUGGAUGAAGAAGCUCUUAAAAUUCAAGACUCUGCAGAUUUUUUCACUGAGUUGAAGCAGAAAUAUACUGAUGAAAAUAGUUUGCCUGUGAUUAAGCUUUUCAAGUUACGUGCUAUCAGUUUCCUCUGGCUGUUUUUUCAUUACCCUAAAAACUUAACUGCAGCUUGUUUUGAGCUUUUCAAUAUGUCUGCCGAGGGAAUUCAUAAGGAUGGCCUGUAUUUCCUGACUCAGAUUAUACUUGGUCUCGAUGAUGGUAUCACCCAUCAUUUGGAUAAAGGAAAUGACAACAGAACAAGCCUCAAAUGUUGCAAGGAUGAUGUCAAGGAGAAAGUUUCAGUCAGUAGCCUCAUCUCUGUUGAUGCGUCAUCUGUUUCAAGGAACUGCAUGUUGAGCUUGGUCCUUGGAAGCGAUCAAUCAUUUCGAAACUGGAUGUUUACACAGUAUAAGAGGCUCUGUGACCUGCCGUCCUUUAGAGCUUUAGCAGAUGUAAGAUCUGCCCUGGAAGGAAUUUUUGAAUCAUUUUCUGAGUUAAUGAACAAUGAAGAUAGUCAAGUGAACAUCGAUGAGGAAAUUUCUGAUUCCUUAAUGCAUACCCGUCACAGGAGUGAAAUUUCCAUGGAACUCUCUGAUAGAAAGAGAAAAUUGAGUCAUCGUGAUUCCGUUGAAGAUUGUGUCAACGACAAAGUUUCUGGUCAACAUCGUUCCUCAAUUCCUCUUGAAGGCAAGCACACCACAUGUUCUGAUUUGGAUACUGGUAGCUUGAGACCCAUGGCCUUUGAAGUUCGGGAGCCGGAAGGUUGGCUACAUGGCAGUUUGCCCCAGUCACAGGAUCCUUUGAGCAAGCACGAUCAUUUGACUUAUGCAAAAACAUCAGUAGACCUGCAGAGCAAUUCUCUUGAAUGUACAAAGAGUUCAACUGAUGGGAAUCAAGUUUCAAGUGUCGAUCGCAACUUUCCUGCUCAGAGAUCGUCUAUUGGAGAUGUCAAUAAUGAUCUUGUGCCUCCUAGACAUCAACUAUCAGUGCCAUGUAGUUCUACAACUUCUCAGAGUUUGUGGUUUUCUGAUGGAGAUCCAUCAGCCAUGGAUAUCUUCUCUGCCUCUAAACAAUUAUGGGUGGGUCUUUUAGGUCCUGAUGCAUCUGAAGCUCACAUAAGGUAUCAAUUUGAGAGGUUUGGUUACAUUGAACAUUUUUUCUUCUUUCCAUUAAAAAGGUUUGCAGUAGUGGAGUAUAGUCACAUCAAUUAUGCAAUAAGGGCACGUGAAUAUAUGCGUGGACAAUUUCAGUGGUGUGUAAAAUUCAUGGAUAUUGGUUUAGGGACUAGGGGUUCCACCCACGGGGUUGCAAUUGGUUCCAGUUUGCAUGUUUAUGUUGGAAAUGUUUUGGGCCACUGGGUAAAGGAUGAGAUUCUGCAUGAGACAAGGAAAGUGCUUAACAAGGGCCCAUACGUGGUCUCUGAUCUUAGCAGUGAGGGAGCAUUGCUGAUGGAAUUUGAGAUUCCCGAAGAUGCUGCAGUUGUAAUGGCGCAUCUCAGACAACAUCGUAGGGAGAAGUACAUUCACUGGCCACCUUCAAAUUCAGGACAAACUAACAUCGCUGCUCCUUAUUUAGAUAGUGGAAGAUCUUCUUGUGCCCCUACUGGUGGUAGCAUCAGAAGUAACAAUCCUUCAAACUUGUCCAGUAGUAUGGUUGGGUCACCUCAUGCUCCAAUUGUCCCUGAGAGUCCUAACUUCAGGACAAGAAUGUCAGAGCUAUCUUCCUUGCUCUACACGCUGCGUGCAAAAUACAACAUCAAUCAAAACUCGAGUUACUUUGAAAGCUACAUGUCUGGAGGGUGCAACACUUCCAUGAGGGAAGAAGACAGAACUCCUACUAACACUCUCUGGGUUUCUUUCCCAAAUUUUAGUUCUCCUUUUGUCACCGAUGAGGAGUUGAUGAAGAUCUGUAAUCUUGCCAUCACCAAUACUGGGUCUGUUGUCAGGAUGACUCGAGCAAGUGUACAGGUGGGCGGUGGUUGGUUUGUUGAGUGCAGUAGUGUGGAUGCUGCAAUCACGGUCUUGAAGAACCUCCGUGGUUGUCCUGGAAUUUUCCUUCGAAUAGAAUUCAGUAAACCGGGAAGGUUCCAUACAACACCUUUUCUGAGGAACCACGAUAGUUGUGCUAUGGAGCAUCCAUCUCCUAGAGUAUUACAUGAAAAUCGUGCAAUGCCUCAGCAAGGUGGGUAUUCAUAUCAGUCAAACUGGGCUCCUUCUGGUCAUACAGAGAUAUCUGAAAUAGGUGUCAGAAAGACCGAUGCUUACGAAAAAAGCGUGCUGAUAGAUCAUCCACAAGGUGGCCACAUAGUGUCUGGAAGUAUUCCAUGCUUGCCCAUAUCAACAAUGGGGCCUCCCGCUCCACCACCUCCACCGCAGAUUCAGCCACCUCCAUUUGUUCAAUCUCCAUACCCUCCUCCAAAUAGUUCUUGGGAUGCAAGGGGUUUAAACCAUCCUUUGCCUUUAAAUUCAAUCUCACCAGGUGUUAUGCCUAAUAUAUUCCCUGGCAAUUCUGUUGCAUGCCCUCCUUUUUUACCUGCUUCUGUGACACCACUUGCUCAGAUACAAGGAGUUCCAAUGCAGCAGCAGCAUCUAGACCAUGUUUUUCCCCAUCCUGUUGUUCCGCCAUCAAUAUCAUCUCUUCCACCUCCCCAGCCCGAGAUGCCUCCUCCCAUGCCUCCAUCUCGACCACCAUUGCCUCACUCACAACCACCUAAUAUUCCUCCUCCACCCAGUUCUCCUCCGCCUCCACCUCUACCCCUAGCUGCCACUGGAACAAGUGAAGUGGAAAGUAGUAGCCAGCCUGUCCAGUAUCAAUGGCAAGGUGCCCUGUGUAAAAGCGGGGUUCAGUACUGUAUAAUUUUUGCAAAAAGAGUGGAUUCACAUACUUGCAAAUACUUCAAUGCUGGUCCAGAACCUUUCGAGUGGCCAACAAAAUUAGAUAUGACCAAACGCACAGAUUUCAGGCAUGUGAAGUCGACAUUCACUAGCACUUCACCAAAUAAAAGGGAGAUAUGUCAGCUGAUCCCAUCUUCUGGUGGAGAUCAUAAAGGAUUCCAAGAUUUUGUAUCAUAUUUGAAGCAAAGGGAUUGUGCGGGAGUAAUAAAGAUACCGGCCACUAAAUCGCUAUGGACUAGGCUUCUCUUUAUACUUCCAUAUUCACAGGACUCGUGUUCUCUUCUCUCAAUUCCACCAGGUCCGCCAGAUAGUCUGAUUGGCUUGGUUCUUCCGAAAGAAACAAACUUCGAAUGGGUUUGAGUAUGAUUGCUCAGAGUCUUGUGCCAAAUAGGGGAAUGUGGAGUAGUUUUAUAUCAGACUAACGAGAGAUUGUUAAUAUUGUAUGCAACAUACAAAUUUUGACUGUAAUUUUGAGGAAUUGUCACUGUAAUUUGAUCAUCUGGGUUGGUGAUGCCUACUUUUCUUGAAACUAAUGGCUUUUCAUGCUCACUUUGUAACCUGUUUGAAUGAAAUCUAAGAAGGUGAAUUGAAAAU